UCUCUCCCUCGCUUCCUCUCCACCACCCCCUCCUCCUCCCAUCCCUUCUCUCUCCUCCCCUCCACCGCCUCCUCUCUCUCCUCCUCCUCCCUCCUUCCCCUCCCCCCCCCUCCUCCCCUUUUCCUCCACAACCGCCUCAUCUCCCUCCGCCUUCCCUCCUCCUCGUCCCUCCUCGUCUUCUUCCCCACCGGCCACAACUUCGAUCAAGUCGGGUUUCUCAUGCUUUCCGUAAAAAAUUCUAACUUGAUUCUCAAAACCCAUGAUUUUGGUGGCAUUUUCACUGCCAAAAACAAGUUGAACCAUCAGAUUCUUCGAUUGUUGGUUAGCCCUGCAGCUAAUUCUUCACGGUCUGGUUCAGGUAAUAAUAAUUCCUCUGUUUCUGUUACCACUACUAUUAGUAUUGGGUAUUUGCUAGCUUGUACUAUGUAUGGUGUUCAUUGGUUUAGUGUUAGAAUUAGGGGUCGUCUCGGUUCGGAGGAUUUUGAGAGGCCUUGUUUAGAUUUUAUGGGUAGUAAGUUGUUUAAGAGUUGUUGUGUUGUUCAUGCUUCUUGGAGUCAUCAUUUGCCUGAAGAGUGUGUGGUGCUUUUAGAGAGUGGUGAAUUAUUCUUGUUUGAUUUAGAUUCUUGUUCUAAAAAUGCAAGAUUUAGUGGGAACAAGCUGAGGGUGUCGUGGAAAAUUUUUACUGGUUUGGGAAAAGGCGGAUGGUUGAGCUGUGAAUUUAGUUGGCAUCCGAGAAUUUUGAUUGUCGCUCAUUACAGUGCUGUUUUUCUUGUUGAUUUGAGGGCUGAGGGAUGCAAUGUGAGUGUUUUGCUGAAAAUUGAUACGUUGGCUAUGUGUAAUUCUGUACAAAAUGAUCGAUUUGUUGUGCUUUCUAAAGCGGGUUCCAAUGGUUUCUGCUUUGUAUUGGCCUCUGACCAUUGGCUGCUUCUUUGUGAUGUGCGGAAGCCAUUUAUGCCAUUGUUGCAAUGGGCACAUGAUCUUGCUAACCCAUCUUACAUUAAUGUGUUUCCGUUGUCUGAGUUGAGGUCACAUUCUAAGGAUGAUAAUUUAAAGUGGGCUUCUGAGUCGGGUUUUUGCAUUAUAAUGGGAUCGUUUUGGAACUGUGACUUCAGUCUUUUUUGCUAUGGACCACCCCCUAAAGGAACUAUUGUAUCUGAAAUGUCAAGAUUUUAUAAAUCAUUUUAUGCAUGGGAUCUCCCUUCAGAGCUCUCACUGUCAGGCCGUGAGUGUCACUGUGGAAGUUGUCUUGUGAGAGAAGAGUUCUCAAAGGAUGUUCUUCCUGAAUGGAUUGACUGGAGGCAGAAGAAAGAUAUAGUUUUGGGUUUUGGCAUCCUUGACAGAGAUCUCCAUGCUGAAUUGUCUGAACAGGAUGGUUUUGGUGGUUUCACACUGAUUAGGCUGAUGUCUUCCGGGAAGCUUGAAUCACAAAGAUACUGUGCCUCAUGGGAAUUCAUGAAAGUGUUGACUAAAGUGCACAAAGAGCCAUCUCUUCAUUUUGAAGAUACUCUUUUAUAUGCCAUGGGUGAAGGGGAUUAUAAAUUUCCCAAGAGAUUUAAGUACCUGAAUCUUGACUACCUCAAUGGGUAUAUGAAAGACAAUCUUGCUGAACUUCUGCGUAAAAGAAUGAAAAAUCCUUGUAAGGAUCCUUGUGAAAAGAUUUCCUUUAGUGUUGCAGAUUUCCAUCAAUGUAUAUGUGAGAAGUUAAAGGCAUGUGGAUUUAAUAGAUUAAGAUCAUCUCCUACUGUUUCUGAUGUGUUUGAAGAUAUCCAACUGCUAACCAGCAUACAUGAGGUUGCUUUACGGAGAAUUUGGACAAGCUUGCCUGCAGAUCUUUUGCAGUUGGCCUUUUCUUGCUACUCAGAGUUCCUUGAAGUUCUUGUAGACCACAAGAAGGUGUCCUUGGAAUUCCUAGAUGUCCCCAGCCGACCCCAGUUGCCUCCUUUUGUCUUCCGAAGACCUUCGUUCCGUAGUGGUAAGUGGUCGCAGAAGGUGCCGCCUAGUACUGGUUUUGUGGGUCCAGUUCUUCCCACUCCUGUUUUGCUUACUCUUCGCAAGUUACAUGCUGAAGCAGAAACAGAUUUAUUGUCAGUGAACGAUGAACUUAGUGACCAGUGCAAUGAAGUCAUACAGGUGGCUAGUGAAAUGGCUCUAUCAGGGUCCGGCCUUGAUGCCCAUAAUGACCAUGCUGUUUCACUUGCUGACAGUAAAGAUGAAAUAUUUUCUGAUACCCAAAAAGUGAAUCUUUUUACUUUACAUAAACCAGCUGCAAUCUCUUCUAAGUUUUCUGCCAUGGAUCCUAUACCAGAGAAUUCUGUUUGUAACAAUGAGAGAUUUACAACCUUUAUUUCCAAAACACCUGAAAAGGGGGUUGUUCCCAACAGCCAAAUGGAGAUGGUUGGACCAGAACUUUUUAAUUCUUUGUCACCAUUAGAGUUUAAGUUUGAUGAUCAUACGAUAAACUUUGGGCCGAAGGAAUUGAAAACGUUCAAAUUGUUGAUGAGACAGUACUCAAAUUUUUUGACAAAGCUUUAAUACAUAUCAGGAAGUUCUUGAGAGUUCCGACUUUCAGAAACAGGAAGACCUUCGAUAUUCUUUUUCAUUUUUUUUAUUUCCUAACAUAGAAUUGUAAGGAACAACAAGUGUAUAGAGCUAGAACAGAAAUUCUGUUGUAUAUCACAUCCACAAACAGAGGCACAAGAUAUGAUAAUUUAAUGAAGAGGGGCUUCUUACUUGCUAUCUGAUGCUGUUUGUGUCUAGGAGUGGAGACAAUGGUUGAUCAAUUGGGUAAGUUGGAUUCAGUCCUUAAUUUGUUGUGAUGCUAGGUGAAGUGGAAGAAGAAAGCUUGGAUGGUUGUGCCUUGAUGUCUUAGAUGCACAUUUUCUUUUUUGGUACACUUGGAUGCUCAUUUGAGGAUACAGUGCUGGGUGUACUAAGGCUCACGAUGGCUUUACUGGAUAGUUUUCAGUUUUGGUGUAAGGAAUUUUUGCCCCUCUUUUGAUUUUGUAGAUUUCAUAGAUGAGCUCGACUUUUGUGUUGAGCAUAAUUUGAUUGAAUUCUAGAAUGCCUCUUUCAGUUUAUGUACAUUGUCUGAUUAUAAUUAAUGCAAAUAGGUCAGCGUAUUUAUUUUAUUUUAUUUAUUUAUUCAA